AUGACUAUUACUCAAAGUGAUUUAAACGUCAUAAUGACAUCUAUUUUAUAUGGAAAUCAAACGAUCAUUAUCUAUAGGGGUGCAAGGAAAGUACGCUCGAUAGAUAUUAUUAAUAAACUAAUAAUAUCUAGUUGUAACUCUUAUGGAUUAAAUUAUAAUCCAACUGAAUUACGUGCCAUAUCCACCAGAUGCUGGAGUAAUUUAAAAAAUUACCCUACUCGUUUUCGAAGGCAUUACUCUAGAAUGGCUACUGUGACUAAUGAUUACUUCGAACGAAAUCCCACAGCUUCAUCCUGUCAGCUAUCAAAUUCUUAUCGAAUAACACCAUUAAGAAUAUCAACUUCAAACGCAUCACGUUUACAACGUGAACUUAUAAACUUGCCAACACCUAGGUCAUUAGAAGAGGCGGAGACAAUGUUGUGUAAUAGACCUCUUCCUACAGAAGAAACCCCGAUUGUUCACGAUAGAGAUGAUACACCCAUGAAUCUUUUUGCAUCUAUGUUGAUUGAAGGAUCAGCUUCGUCUUUUUAUUAA